AUGAGGGAGUUCUUCGCCUUUAAACUUCAAGAUAGAAGAAAUAUGUUUUCAUUACUUCUCAAUGCAAGGAGGCUUCUACAACAAUUUAUUGUUGAUGGAUACACAAUGAUUGAAAGUGAGAGGUUACAUUAUAUACGUAAGCAGCAAAAUGUCCUAAGGUGCGAGACAUAUGAUACUCUAUGCAAUGUACAAGAACAAGGAGAGUGGGAUGUUUCAAAUAUUGGAAAACGUAUUAUACUACCUUCUUUUUUCACCGGUGGUGCUCAGUACAUGAUGCAAAAUUAUUUGGAUGCAAUGUCCCUUUGUAAAUGGUAUGGAUAUUCUGACUUGUUUCUAACCAUGACUUGCAAUCCAAAAUGGCCAGAAGUUAGAAGAUUUGUUAAGGACAUAGGCUUAAAUCCAGAAGACAGGCCUGACAUUCUUUGUCGUUUAUUUAAGAUCAAGCUUGAUGCACUUAUUAGAGAAUUGAAAGAGAAUGAGUUUUUUGGCAAAAUUCAAGCAGAAAGUGUUAAAAAAUACCCAAAGAAUUUUUCUGAACACACUUCAGUUGAUGUUAAUGGCUAUCCUGUAUACCGCAGACGAGUUGAUGGACGUUUUAUUGAAAAAUCAGGUGUUAAACUAGACAACAUAAAUGUCGUUCCAUAUAAUAAACAUAUGUUGAAAAGAUAUCAACCCCACAUUAAUGUUGAGUGGUGCAAUGAGGCAUCUUCAAUCAAGUAUCUGUUUAAAUACAUCAACAAGGGUCGAGAUAGGGCUACUGUUGCAAUUGUAGAAAACAAUGAUGAUGCGGUCACUGUUAAUGCAGUUGAUGAGAUAAAACGGUAUUAUGAUUGUAGAUACCUUUCUGCAUGUGAAGCUUCAUGGCGUAUUUUUGGAUAUGAUGUUCAUUACAUGACUCCUUCUAUUUUAAGACUUCCUUUUCAUCUUCCAGGACAACAACAAGUAGUGUUUGGUGCUGAAGAUAAUAUUGAUAAUGUGCUAAACAGACCAUCUGUGGCAUCCUCAAUGUUCUUAGCUUGGAUGCAUUGUAAUCAAAUUUAUCAAGAGGCAGGAGAACUCACUUACGUUGAAUUUCCUACAAAGUUUGUGUGGAAAUUGGACGAACGACGUUGGGAUCGAAGGAAAAAAGGGUUCUCAAUUGGAUGGAUUCAUUUAGUUUCUCCUACUGUAGGAGAAGGAGAUACAUGUUAUGCUCUUGGGCUUUUAGACGAUGACAAGGAAUAUAUUGAAGCCACUGAAGAGGCAAAUUUAACUGCAUCUGAUUUAUCUCUUAAUGAUGAACAAGUGAAGAAUCUAACUUUGUUCGAAAUUGAAAAGAUUUUGCUUCGUAACAAUUCCACGUUGAAAGACUUCACUACACUGCCUUAUCCUUAUAAUGACUCGCUUGAAUCCUCAAACAACCGUUUGAUUGCAGAAGAAUUGGAUUAUAAUCAUCAUAAUUUACAAGAUAAGUUUCACACACUUGUAACUGCUCUAACAAAUGAGCAAAGAGGUGUGUAUAAUGAAAUCAUGACUGCGGUUGAAAAGAAAAAAGGUGGUGUAUUUUUUGUUUAUGGGCAUGGCGGAACAGAUUCUCUUUGCCAAAUGAAGCCAGACAGUGAUGUUGCAAGCUUAAUAAAGAUAACUACUUUGAUAUUAUGGGAUGAGGCACCAAUGGUUCAGAAACAUGCAUUUGAAGCAUUAGAUAGAAGUAUGAAUGAUAUUUUCAAUGCUCAACGCAGUGGUGACUCAAAUAUGAUUUUUAGGGGUAAGAUAAUUGUUUUUGGAGGAGAUUUCAGACAGAUUCUGCCGAUUAUUCCCAAUGCAGGUAGACAAGACAUUGUAAAUGCAUCAUUAAGUUCAUCUUACAUUUGGGAAAAAUACGAAGUCCUAAGGUUAACUAGAAACAUGAGGCUAACUGCAAACAGUGAAAGUUCAGAAAUUGAACAAACAAGGGAUUUUGCAAAAUGGAUUUUGGAUCUAGGAGAAGGAAAAGUUGGAGGUGAUAAUGAUGGUGAAGCAGUUAUUGAGAUACCUCGUGAUCUUCUCAUUACCGAUUGCAUCAAUCCUGUAUUUGCAUUAAUCGAAUUUGUCUAUCCCUCAAUUCUUGAAAACAUCAACAACUCAGCUUAUUUUCAAGAAUGA